UGUUUAUGUUGUCCUGUGAUGACAGCUAAGGCCUGAACAUUAAUAGUAAGCUACUUGUUACCCACUAUAGUCUUCCUGAAAUACUGAAAAUCCACUAUGUUUUCUUGGUUUUAUCUUUGCGGGUGAGGACAUGAAGGGCCAAGUGAUUCCUUCUCUAUUAUCCUGGGGUAGAAACUAUGUUCACAUCAAACCCUGACAAGUCAAAGAGUUAAAAAAAAAAAGAAUUACACCAAGCCACGGCGCGUCACAUCGCUGACAGGAAAGAAAGAGCACACAUCCAUACACUGCCCUCACUUGGACAGUGGAGCAGAGGCAUCACUGGUGAUAGGAGGAAACUGAGAUUUAGAGAAAGCUGGACUUUUUUUUUUUUACUAUAGAGAGGUCUUUAUAAGCACCAUUAAGACUGACUGUGAGUCUGCAUAGAACACACCUUCCUCUACCCACCUGCAGGAGUGGAUGGCAGCAGGGUCAAUAUACAUGUUACAGGGGCAGUGGGACAGUCACGGUCUUAGGGAGACUAGCUGGCUGAGCUCAGAGGACCACGCUGAACAGGUGGAGCUGUAUGAGGAACAAGUUAUUAGUCACACACUCAGCCAGCGUGGCCAGGGACAGAAGCCUCGGCAGAAGCAGCCAUUGGAGAGCUCUGAAAAACAAACAGAACCAGAGUCCAAUUGUUCAAAACAGCUCCAAAGAGACAGCAACUGAAGCCUUGCCCAGGGACCACAAUCCACAGAGCUCCGGGAGACCACUCUGAAGCAACGAUACAGGACCGUGACUGACUUUUCGACACACAGGAGUUUCAACCGUAGACCUGGGAAAAUACCUCAAAGGGAUUCAUGUUCGGUUGUGUGUCAACGGGUGUGUGGUUCCGUGAGUCCUGUUUUGUGUAGUGUGCACUAGUGUUGUGUAGUUCUGUGUGCGUGCGUGGUUCUCUGUUCUUUCCAGACAUGGCCAGCAUGGCGGUCCAGCUGCUGGGCUUCUUCCUGGGUCUGCUGGGUCUGGUGUGCAGUGUGGUGGCUACUGUGCUUCCCCAUUGGCGGCGGACAGCCUAUGUGGGUACCAACAUCAUCACAGCUACUGCCUACAUGAAGGGCUUGUGGAUGGAGUGUGCGUGGCACAGCACAGGCAUCUACCAGUGUGAAAUACACCGCUCAAUGCUGUCUCUGCCCCCCGACCUGCAGGUGGCGCGAGCGCUGAUGGUGCUGUCCUGCCUAACCUCCACCCUGGCAGCCUUAGUGUCCUCUGUAGGGAUGAAAUGUACCCGCUGUGCCCGUGGCUCACCCACCAAGCAUGCCCUGGCUGUCAGCGGAGGGGUCUGCUUUCUGUCUGCGGGCGCGCUCUGCCUCAUCACCGUCUGCUGGACCACUAAUGACGUCAUCCUGGACUUCUACAAUCCCAUUCUACCCGAAGGUGUGAAGUACGAGAUUGGCUUGGCGGUGUAUCUGGGCUACGUCUCGGCCUGUCUGAGUCUGACGGGAGGAGGAAUCCUCUGUUUGAAAUGCAACGGCCGGUCCGGGAACGCCCUUCCUCUCCAUGUCCCCCGUCACGGCCACCCUCCUUCUCCCCCUGUCUUCAGUGCUGUGGACACCCCGGCGCCCCCGCACCGUCCCCCCACCGUCCUGAGAGGAAACCACAGCCCCUCCUGCACCUCCGCGUCCAGCAGUGGUUACAGGCUCAACGACUAUGUCUGAGGCGUGGAGGGCAUGAACAUGGAUUUCUUCCCGGCGUGGACGUUGACACGGUUAAAGGCUGUGUCUGGGUGUAGAGACUGGUAGACCUGGUACAGACUGGUCAACCUGGUCUGAAGAAGGCUUACAGUGACCGCAGAAUAAAGACUUUAAGUUACUUCUGAGGAUGAACGCACUCAGUUGCUGUCCAGCAGGGCUCCGGGGAGCGAGGAUGAGAUGUGGUUUUAGUCCUAGCCCUCCAGGAUUCCGUUGAGAUAAAGCCGACAAGCUGCUCCUUAUCCUGUCGACUUUGGUUGGCUACAAUGAGUGCGGUGAAACACAGAUUUAUACAAUAACAGCCUUAUUGCUUGAUACUAAACAAUCCCUUAUUUCUGAAGGCCUUUAGAAUAAUGUCUGGGACAGCAUGUUAUGAUAAGAAACCAAAUAGUGUUCCUUCACAUCAUUUUAUUUGUUCCACUUUCAUAGCUCAUAAGCAGUCUUCUGGAAUAAGGAACUACAUGUACUGUAGUUGACCUUAUAAAUCAACUACAUUUUGCAGUAAUUAAAUUAAUGUGGUAGUUUAAUUAAUUUCAAAUAUGAGAUUAAUAUGUUCUCAGUUGUCGAUAAUUUUUGUGCAGUGUAGCGGUUUAUUUUAGCGGUUACAACUGGAAUUACACAAUAGCUUUUUGCUAGAAGACAGGCAACAAUUUACUUAAUUUCUAUCACAGAAUAGUUUGGUUAUAGUGUACUACUUUUUGAGUAGUUUCUAAGUUUCGUUAGUUAAGUAAACAAUUUACAUUUAAGGAUUCCUUUACAAUACUGUAUCUUUGAUGACGAGUAAUUUAUGAAUAAAUUGGUGGCUUGGUUUCUUACUGUCCAUUUACCUUUCCAAACACUGUCCAUAACUUGAUGGCUCAUCAAAAAAUAAGUAGACGUAGAUUUUUAACUGCAUCAGCUGUUGUAAACCACAUUACUACUGUAAGUUCGACGUUGAGCUUGCUGGCAUGAUACUCCCUUCGAGCUUAAACGGUCUGUGCAAGCCAAGGCCUACAAUGGCCACACGGUGGCGCCACUAGCCAGUCUACUGGGUGAGUGUCAUUCUGUUGCAUUGUUCAAGAUCAUUUUUAGCUUGAACAUCUAUUUUAUGUGAACAUUGACUAUAUAAAAUGUUUCCUUUAAACUAUUUCCAAUCACCGUCUA